CGUCAAAGAUGGCGGCGGCCAGCAAGUGAUGGCGACCGUGUCAAAUCUCCUGAAUUAAGAAGACGGUUUCAGUCAUAGUUUUGAAUCUGAAACAACGGGUUCAUUCUAGCACCUGGCGCUGCCGAGAGUGGUGACAUUUGAGAGAUACUAUGGCAAGUCCAAGGACAAGGCGAGUUCUUAAAGAAGUGAGGACUCAAGAUGAAAACAAUGUUUGCUUUGAAUGUGGAGCUUUCAAUCCACAAUGGGUCAGUGUGACUUAUGGGAUAUGGAUUUGCCUUGAGUGCUCAGGAAAGCAUAGAGGUCUUGGAGUCCAUCUCAGCUUUGUACGGUCUGUCACUAUGGAUAAAUGGAAGGAUUUAGAGUUGGAAAAAAUGAAGGUUGGAGGUAAUGCAAAAUUCCGCCAAUUUCUGGAAUCACAAGAUUAUGAUCCAUGUUGGUCGCUACAAGAGAAAUACAAUAGUCGUGCUGCAGCUUUAUUCAGAGACAAGGUUGCUACCCUGGCUGAAGGUAGAGAAUGGUCUAUUGAAACGUCAGAAGCUCGGAAUUGGACUCCGCCACAACCAAAAGCGUCUGUUUCUUCAGUGCAUCGUUCUGGAGCUAAGCAAAACUCGACAUUAUCAUCUGAUAAAAUGUUUGAGGAAUGGCUGAAUGAUGAUAAUUCUUACCAAAGUGGUACAGGAUGUGGUAGUCAGGAUAAUCGCUAUGUUGGAUUUGGAAACACUGUACCCCCUUCGAAAAAGGAGGACGAUUUUCUCAACAGUGCCAUGACUUCUCUUUAUUCGGGUUGGAGCAGUUUCACUGUUGGAGCCACCAAGUUUGCAUCAGCAGCAAAGGAAGGAGCAGUAAAACUUGGAAAUCAGGCAUCACAAAAGGCAGCAGAGCUCGGUCAGACAGUUAAUGAGAAUAUGAUCAAACCUGCUCAGGAGAAGGUGAAAGAAGGAAAAUUUUUAGAUGAUGUUUCCGUUGGCAUGUCACAGAUUGCUAAUAAGGUACAGGGAGUGAGCAUGAAAGGAUGGCAAGAUGUCAGUUCUUACUUUACCAACAAAGAAUCUGUUACUCAAAGCCACUCAGUUGGUGAAAGCUACCAGAAUAGUGGAUUUGAAGAUGGCUUCUGGGAUAAUUUUGGUGUCAAUGGCAAUUCUCAAGUGAAAAGUCCCCCAAGUACAAAUGUUUGGGGAUCUGGUGAAAAAAAGGAUGAUACCUGGGGCACAGUGGAUGCCACAAUAAAGCAAAGUGAUGACUGGGACAACUGGGACAAUAACUGGGCUGCAAGUGGAGAAAGCAAGAAUAAAAAGUCACAGAAAAAAGAAAGCAAAGGAACUGUAGAUGAUGGUUGGGACAAUCAGAACUGGUAGCUCGGGCAAAGUGCCUCAUGUUAAUAAGAGCUACCGUUCACUUUGCUUAACUUUACUUUGUUGCUGUCAUAAGUCACUUGGUUUUCCUGUCAUAAAGAAUCAAUGUUUUGGAAAUGUAUCCUUAGAGGCUGGUUAUAUGAAUCUCUCAAACAAAAGAAACCUGCACAAUGAACAGUCAGUAUUGUAACCAGAAAAAAAGUCCCCUUGGUAUGUAGUUUUGGUUCAAGUGUUAUAUUUUUACACUGAGUGCAUUUGACAAUACAUUUUUCUAUUUAAGGGAAUGUUUUUCCAUUAAUUCACAAACUUAUUUUUAUGUACAUAAAUGAUUUUUAGAAAUCCACAGGGUAUCAUGGCAAAACAAAAAAUCAAAUUUAAUUAGUACAGUGAUUAAGAUUUCAGCUCAGGUUUUCUUUAAAUGCAACAAACAUAGCAUUUGCUGCAUGUGCUAUACUGUGCCUGUCUGCAUUGUUAAUAUGUGAGGUUGUGCUGAGCAAGUAGUGCUUGCAAGUUCAUAUUUGAUGUUCUCUAUGAUAACUUUAGGUUUGGUACUUACCCAAUUGAAAUAACAUUUAAAAUUUUUCUCUCUAAUAAUGACUUUUCUUUACCUAUGUUCCAACUCCACUUUACCUGUCUUACCAAGCAAUCAGUAAUGUUGAAAUGGCGAGUAUCAGCAAAUGAAUGAAUGUUACAUUUAUUCUGCAUUUCUAGUCUACUAGACUUGUACAGCCAUUAAGAGAUUAACGCUUUUACGGAAGUAGUAGAUAAAGGAAUGUUUGAAAUUAUUGAACGUUCAUUUGCUAAUGCUGAAAGUAGUAAUUUCUCCCUUUGUAUCUAUUUUAAGAAUGUUUUAUUUGGAUUAUUUUAUUAGCUAUUAUCGUCAAUUUAGGGUAAAUGUCUCUAUUCUUGCCUUUCAAAUGUAUGACACAGCAUAUAUUAAUACACCUUUUGUUUGUACAAUGUUCAGAGCUCAACUCCAUUCUCUGAUCUUUGGCAUAUACUCUUCAGAAGUAUGUUGAUCUACAACUGUGGUAGCAUUAUGUCUGGUCUGCUGCUGUCUUCAGAACUUAGCCCCAAGCAUUCCAGUUGCUAGUUAUGUGAAUGCCAAUCGUGUAUAAACCAUUGGUCUUUAAGUAUUGGGGGGGGGGGGGUGAGACACUGUGCAAUAUCGAGCAUGCUCAACAGGUUAACCUAUCUGUAACUUGGGGAUAAUACAGCCUUUAUGAUCUAAAAUCUAACAAAGUUUGCUGAUAUGGAUAUCUAGAAAUAUACAUAGCAACUUACAAGUUGCUAAUAACUUUGCACCCAUUUUUGUGUGUGAUUGCCUUUGAUGUAUGACAAUAAAUCAGUUUAAAAAUGGAAGUUUUUCCCCUCAAUUAUCAGCUUCCAGUUUAUUUGUAAAUUUCCAUUUAGUUUGGUACACUUCAUAUUUUGUCUGGAAGCUUAUUUGGCACAGUUAUUUUGAACAUUGUAGUAAAGUUAAUUCAAAAAGUCAGCUUGUUGGAAUAAAAUGAGUUUCAAAAUUAUUUGUAGCUUUUCAUUCAUGGUUGAAAUAAUUUUAUUAAUUUUCAUCCAAAUUUUUGUUGCCUCACCGGAGCUUGCUUAUUUAUUUAUAUUGACAUGUUAACAAGUUAUUGAUGUGAAUGAGAUUUUAACCUUGUGUAGGAGUUCUUAUGUUACACAUAAUGUAAUUUUUUGGUAUUUGCUUAAGAGACCUUUCUCACUUUUGAAGUGUGAUAUAAUUUAAGUUGGAGAAUGUGCUGCCAGUCUUCCCAUUAACCACUUGGGUCAAAGUACUCUUUUUCCAAAAGAGAAUAUUUUGGAGGAGCUUGAGCUCCAAUAUUUUCAUAUAGCUGUAAUUAUUUUGUAGUCUAAAGUGCUGAGAAUUUUUAGGUUGACAUUGUCACCUUGUAAUAUUGGAAUUAUUGACUUAUUGCCUCAUUUUGAAUAUAAUUUUAAUGUAUUUGAAUAUGCCAUAUGCCCACUUUGGGAUAAUGAAAGUAAUCACCACUCAGCUCUCAAAAUCUGAAUCUGAAACUCUUUACUAACCUUUCAUGAUUUUGAGAAUUCAUGGCUAGGUAAUCUUUGUUUUGUGGGAGUAGUUGUUAUCCAAUGCUUAAAAGAUUCCACAAAUACUAGAAUUCAGUGUUAUAAGACCAUAAGAUAUAGAAGCUGAAUUAAGCCAUUUGGCCCAUCAAGACUGCUCCACCAUUUCAUAAUGGCUGAUCCAAUUUUCCUCUCAGCCCCAAUCUCCUACCUUCUCCCAAUGACUCUUCAUGCCCUGACCAACCAAGAUCAACCUCUGCCUUAAAUAUACAUAAAGACUUGGCCUCCACAACUACUUGUGGCAAAGAAUCCCACAGAUUUACCACUGUUUGGCUAAAGAAAUUCCCCCGCAUUCUGUUCUAAAAGGACACCCCUCUAUUCUGAGACUGUGUCCUCUGGUCUUAGACUCUCCCACCAUAGGAAACAUUCUCUUCAUUUCCACUCUGUCAGGGCCUUCCACAAUUCGAUAGGUUUCAAUGAGGUCGCUCCUUAUUCUUCUGAAUUCUAGUGAAUAAUGGCCCAGAGCAUCAAACAGUCUUCAUAUGACAAGCCCUUCAAUUCUGGAAUCACUUUUGUGAACCUCGUUGAACCCUCUCCAGUUUCAGCACAUCCAUUUUAAGAUAAUGACUCAGAACUCUUCACAACACUCCAAGUGAGGCCUCACUAGAGCUUUAUGAAGGGAAUCCUGCACAGCAACUCCCAAGUGUUUACUGAUGUUUUUUGUCUCUCCCUCUCCCAGAGUAGUGUGCCCUCUUGCUUCAAAUUAUUCACCUUUGUACCAAAAAAGACCAAGGUAACAUGCCUGAAUGACUGGUGUCCUGUUGCAUUCACCUCAAUAAUAAGCAAAUGCUUUGAGAGGCUGGUCAAAGAUCACAUCUGCAGCUUGCUACCACCCAAACUGGACCUCCUACAAUUCGCCUACCGAAACAAUUGAUCAACAGAUGAAGCAAUAGCCACUGCUCUACUUAUCAUCCUUACACAUCUGGAGAAGAAGGAUACUUAUGUGAGAAUGCUGGAUUACAGUUCAGCAUUCAACACCAUAGUUCCAUCCAGGCUCGACAAGAAGCUCAGAGACCUCGGCCUUGACCCUGUUUGUGCUGCUGGAUCCUCGAAUUUCUGUCAGAUCGCCAGCAGGUUGUAAGAGUGCUCCAACCUUCUGACUCUCAAUACAGGAGCCCCUCAGGGCUGUGUACUGAGUCCCCUCCUUUACUCCCUGUAUACCCAUGACUGUAUCGCCACCCACAGCUCCAAUCUGCUAAUUUGCUGAUGACACUACAUUGAUUGGCCUUAUCUCAAACAAUAAUGAGGUGGCCCACAGGGAAGAAGUCCUCUCUCUGACAUGGUGGUGUCAAGAAAACAACCUCUCCCUCAAUGUGUCAAAAACAAAGGAGCUGGUUGUGAAUUACAGGAGGAAUGGAGACGGGCUAGCCCCUAUUGACAUCAAUGGAUCUGGGGUUGAAAGGGUAAACAGCUUUUAAGUUCCUCAGCAUCCGUAUCACCAAGGACCUCACGUGGUCUGUACACACCAGCUGUGUGGUGGAAAAAGGCACAACAGCACCUCUUUUACCUCAGACGGUUGAGGAGGUUUGGUACAGGCCCUCAGAUCCUAAGAACUUUCUACAGGGGCACAAUUGAGAGCCUAGAAUAGGAACUGUACCUACCUUAAAUGCAGGACUCUGCAAAGUGGUGUGGACAGCCCAGCACAUUUGUAGUUGUGAACUUCCCAUGAUUCAGGACAUUUACAAGGACUGGUGUGUAAAACGGGCCUGUAGGAUCAUUGGGGACCCGAGCCACCCCAACCACAAUCUAUUCCAGCUGCUAACAUCUGGGAAAUGGUACUGCAGCAUAAAAGCCAGGACCAAUAGGCUCCAGGACAGCUUCUGUCGGGCCAUCAGACUGAUGAACUCGCUCUGACUUGACUUAUAUUGACUGUUCUAUUUAUUAUAAAUUACUAUGAUUGCACAUUGCAUAUUUAGAUGGAGACGUAACGUAAAGAUUUUUACUACUUGUGUAUGUGAAGGAUGUAAGGAA